UCAAGUAACGGUAGGAGUACGGCAGAAUUACCCGACUUGGAUGGAGGCACCAAGUUAUUCCGGCUAGAAUGAAGCCAAUCAGACUGUUUGGGAUACUUAAACCUUUGUCAUUUCGCAACUACAAACUGCUUUCACCUCAACGAUAAACAGGAAACGAUGGUCUCACCCACUCAACACCCACCAUCGGGCAUCAAAGUCCUCAUCGUCGGCGCUGGAUUCGGAGGAAUAACGGCUGCCAUCGAGUGCCAUAACAAGGGGCACCAAGUCAUCGUCCUCGAGGCCUUUCCUGAGCUUAAGAUACUCGGCGAUGUGAUCUCUCUUGGUCCGAACGCAGGUCGUAUCAUCGAGCGCUGGGGAAAUGGCUCAGUCGCACGCGAACUUCUGCCAAUCACCCAUAACAACAAGGAACUCGUAAUGCACCGAUUCGACGGCCCUGUUGUCACGCGUACCCCCGUAACGGGGCUGAAGUUCGGCUCACCAGCGUUCAACGGACACAGAGGCGAGCUUCAUCGGUGCUUCUUCCGCUUCGCACAGCAAGAAGGGAUCGACAUACGCCUGAACUCACGUGUUGUCGAGUAUUGGGAAGAACCGGACAAGGCGGGUGUAGUACUCGAGAGCGGCGAGGGGCUUGAGGCGGACGUUGUCGUUGGUGCCGAUGGAGUGAAGAGCAAGGCACGCCAACUGGUACUCGGAUACGACGACAAGCCGCGUUCAUCGGGUUACGCGAUUUGGAGGACGUGGUUCACCAGCGAGGAGCUGGCGAAGGACCCUCUGACGAAGUUCUUCUCAGCAGAAGAUACUCACCACGGUUGGAUCGGGCCGGAGGUUCACUUCCUCGCCGCCUCACUCAAAGGCGGGAAAGACGUGUCCUGGGUCUGCACGCACAAGGACGAGAAGGACAUAGAAGAGUCCUACCAGUUCCCAGGCAAGAUCGAGGACGUACUCAAGGUCGUCGGUGACUGGGACCCUGUUGUCGUCAGCCUUGUCAAGCAUACACCGGAGAAGAACAUGGUCGAUUGGAAGCUGGUUUAUCGUGAUCCGCUCCCAACGUGGAUCAGCAAGGGUGCGAGGAUCUGUAUCCUUGGUGAUGCGGCGCAUCCGUUCCUCCCCACCUCGAUCCAAGGCGCGUCCCAAGCGAUGGAAGAUGGUGUCGUCCUCGCCUGUGCCCUCUUCUCUGCCGGCAAGUCCCGUGUCCCGCUCGGCGUCCGUGCAUACGAGCGUAUCCGGUAUGAGCGCUGCCGCCGCGCGCAGUUGAUGGGCGAAUCCACACGGGACAAGUGGCACAAGGCCGACUUCGAUAACCUCAUGUCCUCGGAAGAGAACAUGCGCGCGAUGGACCUCCCGCACCCGCCCUGGCUAUUCUGGCACGAUGCGGAAAAGCACACGCUGGAUGUGUUUCCCGAAGUGGCGAAGGAUAUCGAGAGCGGCAAGUUUGGGACGGACGAGAUCGGAUUCCAAACUAGCGUGCUAAGAAGAGAGAACGGAAAGAUCGUCGUAGGGAAUAGAAGCUUUGAGGAGCCUUCAGGAGAGGAACUCGUACAGGUUCUUGUGAAAGAACAAGUCACGGCAGCACUGUAGAAUAACUCUGUAAGUGGUUCCAUAUUCAGUUUACAGGUUGCGCUUGAACAAAGUAGCUUAUAUUGUCCCUGCUGAUCUUGAUUGUGCAUAGCUGUUAUAAGGAAUGAUGAUAAC